AUGUCAGACGACGACUCUUCAGCCUUGUCUUCUGUCGAUUCGCUUUCUCCACCGCCAUCUGGAGACGAGUCCGACGUUCAAUUAAAGCGACAGGAUGGCAUCUUGAAGUUCUUCCACGCCGUACCUAAGAAGGACGAGGCUGCACCCAAGGAAGACUCACCACCACCUCGCAAGCGAGAACCUUCUCCGCCUCAUGAAUAUGUUCUCGCGGAUAAUCCAGACAUUGCCUUCAUUGUUAUGUUUAGAGCCAAAUUCAACGAUAUUUUCUCAAAGAACCUAGCAACAUUUGGACCUCAGGAACUCGAACGAGAGAUUGUCGACUCAACCCCGGGUGAUCGAGUGGAGCUGUUUUUGUGCGCCAUCUUGAAGCUCCUCCUCAAUCGCCAGCAAGAGAUCAAAAUUGGACACUACAACAGAGCAGUCGAGGAUGCGAUCAAAACCCACGAAUCGUCAUGGCCAUCGAGCUGGAACGGAAAGAGCCCUCUGGCUGGCGGAGCGACGUUUGCCUCAAUGACACCAGUUCAGAGACUUGACCUCCUUCGAACAUUCAUCCUUUGGACGAUGCAGUACUGCAAGACUGUCAAGGACAUCAUCGACUCUGCUUACAAGAAUAAACGCAUGGACGACGACCUGAACCAACCCCUUUCAGUUCAGCCUCUGGGCUCCGACAGCGACAGACGGCGGUACUUUCUGGUUGAAGGCCCCGGAGACACAUCCUUCCGUAUAUAUCGCGAGAGCAAUCCUGCCGGUUUCCAACGUACAUGGUGGAGUGUCGCCGGUAGCAUAGAGGAGGUCAAUGCCCUGACAGAUAAGCUGUUGACCGAUGAUGGUGGGCCCAAGGCGCGCAAACUGAGCCAAAGGUUACAAGAUCACAUACCACAUUUUGAGGAUGCGCUUGAGAAACUGAGACGUCGCGAAUACCGUCUCGCACGCAAGCAGCAGUUCAAGCGCCCCGAGCCGGGCUUCUCCCUCUAUGAAGGCCGAACACGAGGCAAGCGUGCAAAGUACACUUUCGAUGAAGACGACUACGAUUUCAACAGCGACUCGACUGCGACGAGAAGAUCUACGCGCCAUGGUACGCAAACGCCGGCCGAGCCUGCCGGCCCCGUCACAACAUCACGGGGCCGUCAGAUACGGGCACCGAACCGGCUGAACGCCGAUAUGCUAGGCAGUGCUCCCGGGGCCACGGACAGCGUAGCAUCCUAUGAUGGCGACACCGAGAUGAAAGAUGACGGCGUGUCCGCAGGGCCGAAUGGUAGGCCACGCCGCUCUGCCGCUGUCAACCACGGAACGAACGGCUGGUCGGGAAAGUCAUCUAACAAAAAGGCCAAUGGGAGUGACGAAUUUGACUCGGACGCGCCCGAUGAUGAUAGUGAGCCUGACUUUGGUGAUGAUGAAGAGGGUGACGAGCAUGUUCCUGACGAGAGUGAGGAUGACGACGAUGAAUUUGAGGAAGACGCGGACAUGCUCGAUGGCGACGAAGUCGACUCGAGCUUAGUGGUGAAACUUCCAGUGAAGGUCUCAUAUGACCGUCAUACUGGCAGGUACACCAAGGCAGAUAAAUCCGCCGAGAAGCUGACUGGUGACAACGCGCAAGUAAGCCCAAGCAGUUCCGAGAGCAGCAAGCCCGGCGAGACGGUGCAGCGUCAAGCAACACCACCAAGACUAGAACGACCGCAGGUUACUCUCCAAUCUCCUAUUCCCGACGAUGACGACGGCGUUUCAGUUGGUAGGAAGCCGGAUCAAACCAAGUCUACAAAUAAGCCUCUUGCGCAAUCUAGCUCGGGUGCCAACGACCCUGGGCGUGAUUUGCCAACCACAUCUUUGGCGAUUCGAAGCCCGGAGAAGACAUCGCAACUUGCAACCCCGAUUGAUGUUUAG